AUGUUUUCUUUUCCUCCUCCUCUGCCGGUGGAGGAAGUGAGCGCUGAUGAAAAGGAGGAUGAGGAAGAGGAUGAGAACAGAGAAAAGCUGGAACUGGAGGACGAGCUGCUGUUUGAAGACUUCGAGUUGAGAGACGAAGACUGUGAACUUCCCGAAAAUGAGGAGGAAGAAGAAGCGGAUGACGGAGACCUGGAGGAGCCCGACAUCGAGGAAAGCACCAAAACCAGGAUCCUGCGGCAGAUAGCAGACUCGGCGUCCAAACUCAAGGAGAUCGUUGGCAAUCUGAUUACCAGCGCAGGAAAAGUAGUCGUAACCGUAUUAUUGGGCCUCACAGGGAUGAUGCUGCCGUCUUUGACCUCCUCUGUCUACUUCUUCACGUUUUUGGGUUUGUGCACGUGGUGGUCUUUCUGCCGCUCCUUUGACUCGCUGCUCUUCAGCUGUCUGUGUGUCCUGAUGGCCAUCUUCAGCGCAGGACACCUCGUCUUCCUCUACCUCUACCAGUUCCAGUUCUUCCAGGAGACCGUUCCACCUGGAAACACCUACGCCAGCCUGUUCGGCAUUUCUCCGGUGGUUCAGACGGACUGCGCUCACACCUGGAUGUUUAAAGUCAACCCUGCUCUGGAGUGGCACCUUGUCAAUCCCAUCAUGCUCUUGGUUCUGUAUUACACUCUGGCCACACUCAUCCGCCUCUGGCUGCAGGAGUCAGAAGACACGCAGGUGAAGGAUGUAGAAGCUGAGGGAAAGGAUGAAGCAGAUUCUCCUGAAAACAGCAUUAAUGUUUACACUGCAGACCAGAGGAGGCAGCUGUGGAGAAUGGCUCACUAUCACACAGACGAGAGAAAUCUUCUCACCACCCAAGGAGCCUACAACACCCCUGAGGUUUUGAUCGUAACGUCAAACGGAGCGUCGCUGGACUUUACAUCAGUUCCUCAUGAGAACGGACCCAUGUCUGUGGAGCGAAAUCUUUACUCCACUCCGCAUUAUAAAGCAGGCCAGCCUGAGUCUGACACACAGAGCCUGGACUGCGGUGUUUACAGGAUCGACUCCGCAUAUGUGGAGCUUUCCGAGGUUCCAGUCGGGGUGGUUCGGGUGAAUUCAGUGGUGAAAGUCUUCAGGUUCAUCAUGAAGCAGAGCUACAUCUGCGCUCUCAUCGCCAUGAUGGCCUGGAGCAUCACGUACGUCAGCUGGUUGACCUUCGUCUUCCUCAUCUGGUCCUGCACUCUGUGGAUGGUGCGCGACCGCAGGAAAUACUCCAUGAUCACCUCUCCGUUCAUGGUGUUUUACGGGAAUCUGCUCAUCAUCCUGCAGUACAUCUGGAGCUUCGAGUGUCUGCAGCCGGUGCCGGGACUCUUCCUGAAGAAAGAAGUGCCCUUCCGCGAGCUGGGGUCCAAAACUCUGUGUCUCCUCAGCUUCUGGCUGUUAUUGAGGCAGUUCUUGACGGAGCGGAGGGAAAAACACACCGAUGACCCUCAGCUCUCUGAUGUCACAGUGGACGGACACAAACUCGGUCUGCAGGACGAGGCCGCCGGACACAGAGAGAUGAUGGAGGUGUUGGGCAGUUCAGUGAUGGCGAUGCUCAAUAAAUACUGGAUCUACAUCUGUGGAGGGAUGUUCUUCUUCGUCAGCUUCGAGGGACGCAUCGUCAUGUACAAGAUCAUCUACAUGAUGAUGUUUCUCUUCUGCGUGGCGCUUUAUCAGCUGCACUAUGAGCGCUGGCGGUGGAUGCUGAAGUAUUUCUGGAUGUCAGUGGUUGUUUACACCAUGCUGGUGCUCAUCCUGGUCUACACUUUCCAGUUCGAGUCCUCCAUCAACGUGUGGUCCAACAUGACCGGCAUGAGCAGAGAGAAGCUGGAGGAUCUCGGGCUGGAGAAGUUCUCGGUUCCUGCUCUCUUCACUCGAAUCUUCAUUCCCACAUGGUUCCUGCUGGUGUGUAUCCUGCAUCUGCAUUAUUUCCAUGAGCGUUUUCUGGAGCUCACCGACAUCAAGACUGUGGCCGACAAACAGAAGAGCACCAUCUCCAGGCUGGUUCAUUUGGAUGGCAGUCUGGUGGACAUUUCCAUGAUCAAACCCACAUUUAACUCCACAACCGAGGAAGAGGUGGUGAAGCAGGAGGAUGAGGAGGAUAAUAAUUAUGAUUAUGAAGAUGAUGACGACAGAGUGGAGCUCGAGGAAGAGGAGGAGGAUGUGAAACAGACUGAAGAGCAGAAGAUGGAAGAGUCAUUCUUCACCUGCCCGAUGACAGCAGAUCCAGUGCUGGAGCAGACCUCAGAGCUGAAGAGUAAGUGGCAUCUGGUGGUGGAGCGUCUGACGGUGCUGUUCCUCAAGUUUCUGGACUGCAUUCAGAAGCUGCAGCUCUUCAUCUGGUGGAUUCUGGAGCUGCACAUCAUCAAAAUCGUCUCGUCAUACAUCAUCUGGGUCUCCGUCAAAGAGGUGUCUCUGUUCAACUAUGUGUUUGUGGUGAGCUGGGCGUUCGCUCUGCCGUUCGGUCAGUUUCGUCCUCUGGCGUCCAGCGUCUGCACCGUCUGGACCUGCAUCAUCAUCGUCUGCAAGAUGCUGUACCAGCUGACCUCCAUCAGCCCGGCCGCAUACACCAGAAACUGCUCCAUGCCGGAUAACUACACCGAGGCCCAGCGGAUGGACAUGGCCAAAUCUCUGCUGUACAGCGGCCCCGUGGAUCCGGCUAACUGGAUCGGCCUGAGAAAGUUCAGUCCCCUGCUGGAGUAUCUGAGGAAUAACUUGUUAAUGCUGGCCCUCUUGGCAUUCGAAGUGACCAUUUACCGCCACCAGGAUUUCUACCGUAUGAAAAAUAACAUCACGCCUCCAGUCACAAGAACUAUAUUUCACAACAUCACACGGCAGCAUCUGGACGAUGGCAUCGUCAACUGCGCCAAAUACUUCAUCAACUACUUCUUCUACAAAUUCGGUCUGGAGACGUGUUUUCUGCUGGCGGUGAAUGUGAUUGGCCAGCGGAUGGAUUUCUUCGCCAUGCUGCACGCGUUCGGUCUGAUCGCAGUGAUGUAUCAGCGCCGCAGGAAGGCCAUCGCUCGCGUCUGGUCUAAAUACUGCUGCUUUCUAGCCUGUCUGCUUUCCUUUCAGUACCUAAUGUGUAUCGGCAUCCCUCCGGCAGCAUGCACAGAUUAUCCGUGGAGGCGCUCAUCCUCCAGCAUGGACUCAAACGUCAUCAAGUGGCUGUAUUUCCCAGACUUCCACACCAAACCAAACUCCCUCUUCCUGCUGUAUGACUUCAUGCUGCUGCUGUGUGCGUCGCUGCAGGGCCGUGUGUUUGAGGAGGAGUGCGUGUCGCCCGUUCAGCUGUUAGCGGGUGAUAACGUGGAGAUCUGUCGAGAUCUGGACGCCGCCACCUUCAGCCAACACAACCCUGUCCCGGACUUCAUCCACUGCAGGUCGUAUCUGGACAUGCUGAAGGUGAUGGUGUUCAGUUAUCUGUUCUGGUUUGUGCUGACCAUCAUCUUCAUCACGGGCACCACGCGCAUCAGCAUCUUCUGCAUGGGGUAUCUGGUGGCCUGCUUCUACUUCCUGAUCUUCGGCGGAGAGCUCUUACUCAAACCCAUCAAGAGUAUCCUGCAUUACUGGGACUUCCUCAUCGCAUACAACGUCUUCGUGAUCACCAUGAAGAACAUCCUCUCUAUAGCGGCGUGUGGUUAUAUUAAAGCGCUGGUGGCGAAUCACUGCUGGCUCAUCCAGUUGUUCAGUCUGGCCUGCACUAUUAAAGGAUAUUCAAAGCCGGAGCAGCAGGCUAAUAAACAGUGUGAGCUGCCGAGUGACGAGGCGGGCAUCAUCUGGGACAGCAUCUGCUUCGCUUUCCUGCUCCUGCAGAGACGCGUCUUCAUGAGCUACUACUUCCUGCACGUGGUGGCCGACAUUCGCUCCUCACAGCUGCUGGCGUCCCGAGGAGCCGAGUUGUUUCAGGCCACUAUAGUGAAGGCGGUGAAAGCCAGAAUCGAGGAGGAGAAGAAGUCCAUGGAUCUGCUGAAGAGACAGAUGGACCGCAUCAAGAGCCGACAGCAGAAGUUCAAGCGAGGGAAGGAGCGGAUGCUGUCUCUGGCUCAGGAAAGCGGAGAAAGACACUCAGUGCUCAAGGAGGAAGAGGAGGAGGAGGAAGGAGAGAGCAGCAAAGAGAAGAAGAAAGGCAAAAGGAAGCAGUGGUGGAGGCCGUGGGUGGAUCAUGCGUCCAUGGUCAGAAGUGGCAAUUAUUACUUAUUUGAGACCGAUAGUGAGGAAGAGGAGGAAGAUGAGGACAGGAAGGAUGAAGAACCUAAAAGAUCAGCGUUCCAGUUUGUUUAUCAUGCUUGGAUUACGGACUCGAAAACCGCCAUGAAAGAGCGGCGGAAAGAGAAGCGGAGGUUCUGGCAAAAGUACACCGAGAGCAACACAAACAAGAAGGAGCAGAAGGAAGUGAAUGUGAUCAUUGAAGAGGGAGAUCAGGAUGGAGGAGUGACGGAGGAGGAGCUUUCUGACAGUCCAGAUAACAUGAUGAAGCGUGUUUUCAACAUGGUGAAGUUCUCCUGGGUUCUGUUUCUGGCUCUGCUGGACAGCUUCACCGCCUGGCUCAACUCCAUCUGUCAGGAGCACAUCGACAUCUCCAGCGUGCUGCGAAUCGAGCGCUGCAUGCUCACGCACGAGGCCAAGAAGGGUAACGUCCCCUCGCGGGACAGCAUUCACAUGUACUACCAGAGGCAGAUGUGCAGGCCGGCGUCCACACAGUCCAGUCUGGAGCCCACAGAGGAGGCUUACUCUGACUUCAGCCCGCUGCGGACAGAUCCAGAUCUCCCCCUGCAGGAGCGCACUGAGCUGCAGACCUCCACAGAGAUUCUGGCCAGUGUUUACACUGAAUCCAGCAUUGUGGAGGAGUCUACACCGGAUGAGGAGCGAGUCCUGAGGACCAGCCAGCGCAGCCGACCCAAACUCUGUAGACUCUCCGGUGUGGACGUACCAUCAUCUGCUGACAGUGCAGCCUCCAGUGAGCACACGCAGGGCACGGAGCUGUACUCUCGGCAGGGCACCAGUGACACCGUGGAGGAGUGCGGUGCGGACACACUGUGGUCCAGCGCUUCAGACCUGCUGCAGACGCCACACAGAGACGUCCCGCCGUCAUACAGCAGAGCCACGGGCCUGGACCGCGUGUGUGACGAACGCAGACUGACGAUUCAGACGCCGGAGGACUCCAACAGCGGGACACUGCAGACCUCCAGCCACCAGCUGACCGCCAGCGAGCUGCUGCAGACACGGAUGUUCUACGAUGCGGAUCUGGAGCAGUCGGAGUGUUUCUACAGCUCUCAGCCUCAGCUCCUGCAGCUCUGCUACUCGCUCUACAGCGUGCUGGUGUCUCACUCUCAGAUGGUCUGCUAUCUGGUCAUCAUCCUCAACCACAUGAUCUCCGCCUCGGUGGCCACGCUGGUGCUGCCCGUGCUCAUCUUCCUGUGGGCCAUGCUGUCGGUGCCGCGGCCCAGCAAACGCUUCUGGAUGACCGCCAUCGUCUACACGGAGGUGACAAUAGUGAUAAAGUACUUCUUCCAGUUUGGCUUCUUCCCGUUUAACCAGAGCAUCGAGGUGGACAAAUCCAAGCCUUUUCACCCGCCCAACAUCAUCGGUGUGGAGAAGAAGGAGGGAUACGUUCACUAUGACCUGGUGCAGCUGCUGGCGCUCUUCUUCCACCGCUCCAUCCUCAAGUGUUACGGUCUGUGGGAUGAAGAAGAGCCGCGCUCCGUCCCUGCGCACACAUACUCAGACGCUGAAGAGAAAGCUCAGUGUUUCUCUGAGAAGAGCCCUGUGGAGGACACGCACACGCUGUCACACACACACCUCCGGCUGGCCAGAAAACAGCAGUCAAAUGCAGGCGUGCGCCGACAGAGCUCCAGCGUCUCGCAGAAGUCCGCUCGAUCUAAAACAGUUACAGGCAGUUCAAUGUCUAGAUCGAGUGUCCGCCGCUCUCUCAGCGCUCAACAGAAGAGCCGUAAAGAACUCAUCAUGGAAAAACUGAGAGAGCAGCUCAUCAGAGCCAAACGCUUCACCGUCAAAACGGUUCUGGACAUCUACCUUCCCAUCAGGCAGUUCUUCUACAGCCUCAUCCACCCCGAGUACAGCGCAGUGACGGAUGUUUAUGUGCUGAUGUUUCUGGCCGAUACGGUCGACUUCAUCAUCAUCGUCUUCGGCUUUUGGGCCUUCGGGAAACACUCUGCUGCCGCUGACAUCACUUCCUCUCUGUCGGAGGACCAGGUUCCCGAGGCGUUCCUGGUGAUGGUUCUGAUCCAGUUCGGGACGAUGGUGGUGGACCGGGCGCUGUACCUGAGGAAGACGGUGAUGGGGAAGGUCAUCUUCCAGGUCAUCCUGGUGUUUGGCAUUCACUUCUGGAUGUUCUUCAUUCUGCCCGGAGUCACCGAGAGGCGUUUCAGUCAGAACACAGUGGCUCAGCUCUGGUAUUUCGUGAAGUGCAUCUACUUUGGUCUGUCGGCGUAUCAGAUCCGCUGUGGUUACCCGACCCGCGUCCUGGGAAACUUCCUGACCAAGAGCUACAACUACCUCAAUCUCUUCCUCUUCCAGGGGUUCCGGUUGGUGCCGUUCCUGACGGAGCUGCGGGCCGUGAUGGACUGGGUCUGGACGGACACAACGCUCAGUUUAUCCAGCUGGAUCUGCGUGGAGGACAUUUACGCUCACAUCUUUGUGCUCAAGUGCUGGAGAGAGUCUGAGAAGCGCUAUCCUCAGCCCCGCGGACAGAAGAAGAAGAAGGUGGUGAAGUACGGGAUGGGCGGGAUGAUCGUGAUGCUGCUCAUCUGUAUCGUCUGGUUCCCUCUGCUCUUCAUGUCUCUGGUCAAAUCAGUGGCCGGAGUGGUCAAUAAACCGCUGGACGUGUCCGUCACCAUCACACUGGGAGGAUUUCAGCCCAUCUUCACGAUGAGCGCUCAGCAGAAUCAGCUGAAGGAACUGACUGAAUCUGACUUCAAGAACUUCAUCAACUCCUACAACUACAUCCCUAGUGCAAUGCAGUUUCUGGAGGCGUACCGGGCCGAGGAUGUGACCGUGGCGGAGCUGGAGGGAAGCUCCAACUCUCUGUGGACCAUCAGUCCUCCCAGCCGCAAAAACCUGAUGGACGUCCUGAGCAAAGAGGAUCAGUUCCCCGUCACCAUGACCUGGAGCAUACAGAGGAAUCUGAGUCUCGGAGCGAAGGCUGAAUUCGCCACGGACAAACAUGUGACGUAUCUGGACAUAAAGACCAGGCAGGAGCUGAUCGCGUUACUCAACGGAACCAGAAACACAGCGGUGCUGAUAGAGCAAGUGUUUCCCUGCUUCAUCCGAGCGCCGAGCGACUCCAACGCCAAACCAAUCGAGCAGCUUUAUGAAGACGGAGACUAUAAGAGCAUCCAGCUGGAUCUGGAGCGUUCGGCUAACAGCAGCGAGGAUCUGCAGGAGUGGUGGAUCGUGGAUGAGCUCAGAUCAGCGCAGAAGAAGCAGAGAGAAGCCGGACUGCAGCUCUACGUCUUCAGUGAUAAAGUCAGCCCUCCGAGCCUGGGCUUCCUGGCGGGAUACGGCAUCAUGGGUCUGUACGCGUCGGUGGUGCUGGUGAUCGGGAAGUUUGUGCGCGAGUUCUUCAGCGGGAUUUCUCACUCCAUCAUGUUCGAGGAGCUGCCGUGCGUGGACCGGAUCCUCAAACUGUGCACUGACAUCUUCCUGGUGCGGGAGACGGGCGAGCUGGAGCUGGAGGAGGACCUGUACGCCAAACUGAUCUUUCUGUACCGCUCGCCCGAGACCAUGAUCAAGUGGACACGAGAGAAAAACAAAUGAGCCGUGCAAUAAAUACUGGAGGAGGAACAAACGCAGUACUUGAAGAAACACAGCGGAGAGAGACUGACAGACUGUGAGUUUGACAUGAUCAGCUCUGCUGUAGGCUUCAGGAUGAGCUGAUACUGACACUGAUGUGUGUGUGUGUGUGUGUGGAUCAAUAAUGACGAUGAGGAGGAUGCACAACUGCUGCUGUUCACAGGACAAACGGGACAAAUGCACUAGAAACGACAGACUGUCUUUAUUAAGAGCCUGCAGGAGCAGAAGCGUUCCCUGCGGUUUGAGCGAUCAGAUCAUCGUUAAGGCGUUCGUGGGUUGAUCUGCAGCAUCAGUGACCAACGAAUUGAACAUUCACAAAGACAUUCCCCUUUCAGUUGAGUUAAAGGCAGGCACUGUGAUGGACUUUACAGCAUAUGGAAUGAUGACACUUUACAAUAGUAGCGCAUUAGCUAACGUGUGUGUGAAAGAAUGUUAGCAAAGUACAUUUAAUGCAGCGCAGGGGCGGAUUUAGCCAAUAAGAAGAGACCAAAUCAGGAGUAUUUUGGGCUAUUUUUCAAAGCGGCAUCCUCAAUAGAUGAAUUAGCGGCUUGUAAACAUUCAGGAGUGCUAGCAUUUACAGUGAGGGAAUGACAUCCGAUGUGGUUGUCUUAGUUGUAAGUUAUAUUAUAUUAUAUAUAUGAUUGACUUAAUGCUUUCAGCGUUAUGAACAGCUCGUCACCCAGUGAUAAACACAGUUAUUCUGUAAAAUGAAUGU